AUGAGUGACGGGUUCUCGUUGAAAUUCCGUCGCCCUUCGAGCAAACUGCAGAAGGAGUCUCCUAGCUUCAGUUCACGCAUUCUUCGGAGUCAUCAAAGCACAUCUUCCUUGAAACGUCAUCCCUCUGCACCCGUUUAUCCGCGUUCCUCUUCUAAUAGCAGUCGAGAACAUACCCGCACUCGAUCCAACGCCUACGGUUCAUCAUCAUCCUCGCUUGAGCAACAUAGUGACGGUCCUUCCCCCGUCCAGAACGAGCAUUCGUUCUUUCCCAACAGCCACAGUUCCCGCGCCCGUCAAAAUCGCUUCUCCUACGAUCAGCACAGUUCGGAUGAAUUAACUAGCACCCCCUUCGAGACACGGGGCAUGCUCAGUGCUUUGGAUGAGAAUUGCGCUGAAACCUCCGACUCCCUCUCUCCGCCCCAUAAUCCCCCGCCCUUGCACUCCCAGCAGUCUAGCCCGAUCAGCCCGGAUCCACGACACCGCUCCUUCCUGCGACAGUCAGCCAGCUUCACCACCCUACCCUCCCGAAUGGAUCCCUUUGCCCAUCGGGAGACCGAGCGCCCGACAAACUCCAAGCGUCAUUCCGAUGAGGGGAGUGGCCAUACCCGAGGGGGGAGGAGCAAGAAGGCCAGCUUCUCCAGUUUUGUGAAUAGCAUGCUAGGCUCCCCCCGCAACAUCAAGAUCUCGUCUCCGGAGAACCCGGUCCACGUCACCCAUGUAGGUUAUGAUAAUCAGACGGGCCAGUUCACCGGUUUGCCCAAGGAGUGGCAGCGACUGCUACAGGAGAAUGGCAUUUCGAAGAAGGAGCAGGAAGAACAUCCACAGACUAUGAUGGAUAUCAUGCGAUUCUAUGAGAAGAACACCCGUGGCGAUGACGAUGAAGUUUGGCACAAAUUCGAUAACGCACAUGGGAAUGAUAACGGCCGAGCACCCUCUCCACCGGGAAGCCCCCGUUUCCCCCAGAAUCACGAAGGUAGCUUUGAGAAUCCCCGGUCGCCGCCUCCCGUUCCGAAGGGACCACCAGGAGGACCGCCUCCCCCGGCCUCAUUGACCUCCGCUGCCGUCUCCCCACCGUUGGGCAGCCUGAUCCCUCAUCGAGCCCCUCCAAAGCCCCCCGGCAUGACACCCGCCCGACCGCCGCCGAAGCCUCCUAUAUCUCACGGACCAGUUUCUCAGCGCCUGCCCGAGGCCUAUGGAAUGGGAACACCACCCACCACCGAGCCAACGGCGUUGCCUAUCGAUACCCGGGGUCUCUCUGGUUCUCGAAAUGGCACCCAGACUCACGAAUCGAACGUUGUGGCCUCGCCAACCCAAUACCAACGACAGCAGGAGCAGGUCAUGGCGGCCGCCCAGGAAGCAAUCGCAUCUAAAAAGCUGGAUCGGAGCCCGAGCCAGCGCCAACCUCCCCAGGCACCUCAACUCGCGCCAAUUGCGACAAAUGUUCCUCAGAGUUCUGCCGAUGCCUCUUCUGCAUCAGCCGCGCGGGCACCCCCGGCAGCUCGGCCGCGUCAGCCCAAGCGCCAGAGCAAUAUUAUGGAUGUACGAGCACGCCUGUUAACAAUUUGUAAUCCGGCCGAUCCUACUCAAAUAUAUUAUAACCUCAACAAGGUUGGACAAGGUGCUUCAGGUGGUGUGUAUACUGCUUAUGAAAAUGGCAACAACAAUUGUGUGGCCAUUAAGCAGAUGAACCUGGAUCUUCAGCCCAAGAAGGAUUUGAUUAUCAAUGAGAUUCUUGUGAUGAAGGAUAGCAAGCACAGGAAUAUUGUGAAUUUCCUCGAGAGCUACCUUCACGGUUUGGAUUUAUGGGUUGUCAUGGAAUAUAUGGAAGGUGGUAGUCUUACGGACGUGGUCACCUAUAAUAUUAUGAGUGAGGGUCAGAUUGCAUCAGUAUGCCGAGAGACGUUGAACGGACUCCAGCACUUGCACUCGAAGGGUGUCAUUCACCGUGACAUCAAGUCUGAUAACAUUCUUCUCUCGUUGGAUGGUAAUAUUAAACUGACCGAUUUUGGUUUCUGUGCGCAAAUCAAUGAUUCGCACAACAAGCGUAACACUAUGGUUGGCACUCCUUACUGGAUGGCUCCCGAAGUGGUCACCCGCAAGGAGUACGGUCGCAAGGUCGAUAUUUGGAGUUUGGGUAUCAUGGCUAUUGAAAUGAUUGAGGGCGAGCCGCCAUAUUUGACAGAGUCCCCCCUGCGCGCGCUCUACCUGAUCGCUACAAAUGGAACCCCGACUAUCAAAGAUGAACACGCACUCUCAACAACAUUCCGUGACUUCCUGCACCUCGCCCUUAAGGUGGAUCCAGAGAAGCGAGCUUCUGCCCACGAUCUUCUCAAGCAUCCCUUCAUGUCCAUCUGUUCGCCCCUUACCCACCUAGCUCCUCUGGUCAAGGCUGCUCGUAUCAGCCGUGCCCAAGAGAAGGCGCAGAAGGGCGGUGCCUAG